AUGAUCCCAUUUCGCCAAAUUGCAGUUUUCGUUGCCCUUGUCACUUCUGCUUCAGCGUCAUGUUUAUAUCGAACUGAUUUAGACCCCCAUUACCUUAGCAGCGACGGACAUGUCCCAGUGUCUUCGUUCAACUAUACUGGCGAAGGUGGCCCUCUGCACUGGGUCGGCCUCAACCCUACCUCCAACUGGGAAUGUGGCCACGGUUCAACACAGUCUCCUAUUGUUAUCAACACGCAGACCAUUCAAUAUGCAACCAAAGGAACAGUCAGGGUAGAUAUUCCAACUAUCAGGAAUACAGACUUUGAGAAUCUCGGUUCGACGGUAGAGGUUGUUGCAAAUGGAACUCUCAAAGUCAAAAAUAACGUCUACAAGCUGGCGCAAUUCCACUUCCAUACUCCGAGUGAGCAUCGAGUUGAUGAGGAAUACUCGCCCAUGGAGAUUCAUUUCGUGUUCCAACAUGUCACGAAGAUAAGGCAACUUGACUUCUCCAGUGUGGUCGAUACCUUGCACAACAACGACGUCUACACCUACAUGGGUUCACUCACGACUCCACCGUGCACCGGCAAAGUAACCUGGUACAUCAGUGCCUCACCGCUCUCCCUUGACGUUGCAACUUUCAAUAACAUCAAAAAAGUUGUCAAGUACAACUCCCGAUAUACUCAAAACUCGCUUGGCAAGAAGAAUUUGAUGGAAGUCGCAGCAGAUGAUAUGGGAUGUGGUGGAACCGUGAUGCGUGAGCAGUCAGAUCCAUAA